UGCAGUAGUGGUGAUGCUGCUCCCUGGCGUGUAGAGGAGGAGAGAGAGCGUGCCCGCUGCCCAAUGACAGCGCAGGAUGCUGAGAGAGGCUGCUCGGGUGAAUGGAGGCGACAAGAUGCCGUCUAGAGCGGCGAAGAAGAGGAAUUAACAUCGAUAAAGAUCUGACUUUGAUCUACUCCACCUUUUCAGACAUGAAAUAAGUCACCCAUGUGCAGUUCUAAGAGUCAGAGCAGUCUCAUUAUAACUCGCCCCUGUUAAGGACCCCUCUGGUGGCUACACCGCCGAAUCACAGGACAUGUACGGCAGUGCCAGAGCUGUAGGCCAUGUAGAGAGCAGCCCCGUACGGUCCCCGCGCCUACCAAGGUCCCCCAGACUGGGCCAUCGAAGGGCACACAGUGGGAGCGGUGGUGCGGGGGGCAAGACGCUCUCCAUGGAGAACAUCCAGUCCCUCAACGCUGCCUAUGCUACUUCGGGGCCCAUGUACCUGAGUGACCACGAGGGCGUGGGCUCCACUGCCACCUACCCAAAAGGCACUAUGACUCUGGGUCGCGCCACCAGUCGGGCCAUGUAUGGGGGCCGUGUCACAGCCAUGGGCAGCAGUCCCAAUAUUGCUUCUGUGGGGCUGCCUCAUGCUGACCUUCUGUCUUACAGUGACCUGGGCUCCCUCUCCAUGCUGCACCCCCACCACCACCAGGGGGUGCCCUCUGCUCUGCUGAGGCAGGCAGUGCGGGGCAGUGGUGGGGAGCUGCUGGAGAUGCAGGCCCAGCUCAGGGAGAUGCAGAGGGAGAAUGAGAUGCUGCGACGGGAGCUUGACCUGAAGGACAGUAAGUUGGGAUCUUCCACCAACAGCAUCAAGAGUUUCUGGAGUCCUGAACUGAAGAAGGAGAGAAUAAUGAGGAAAGAAGAGGCAGCUCGUACGUCAAUCCUCAAAGAACAAAUGAGAGUCACUCAUGAGGAGAACCAGCAUCUUCAGAUGACCAUCCAAGCUCUGCAGGAUGAAUUGCGCACACAGCGAGACCUCAACCACCUGCUGCAGCAGGAGAGCGGUAACCGCUCUGGGUCUGAGCAUUUCACCACCAUUGAGCUGACAGAGGAGAACUUCCGGCGGCUACAGGCCGAACAUGACAGACAGGCCAAGGAGCUCUUCUUGCUGAGAAAGACCCUAGAGGAGAUGGAACUGAGGAUCGAGACCCAGAAACAAACUCUGGGUGCCAGAGAUGAGUCUAUUAAGAAGUUGCUUGAGAUGCUACAGAGCAAAGGGCUGCCCCCGGGCCCGGGCAGGGCGACCGAGGAGGAGGAGCAGGAGAGAGCCCGGCGCAUUGCUGAAGCAGAGGCGCAGCUGGGACACCUGGAGGUCAUUCUGGAUCAAAAGGAGAAGGAAAACAUCCAUUUGCGAGAGGAACUGCACAGAAGAAACCAACUGCAUCAGGAUCCAAGUAAAACUAAGGCCCUGCAGACCAUUAUAGAGAUGAAAGACACCAAAAUUGCCUCUCUGGAACGCAACAUUCGGGACCUGGAGGAUGAGAUUCAAAUGCUGAAGGCAAACGGCUUACUGAACACAGAGGACAGAGAAGAGGAAAUCAAACAGAUGGAGGUCUACAAGAACCACUCUAAGUUUAUGAAGACGAAGAUUGACCAGUUGAAGCAGGAGUUGUCAAAGAAAGAGUCAGAACUGCUGGCUCUGCAGACGAAGCUAGAGACCCUCAACAACCAGAACUCAGACUGCAAACAGCAUAUCGAGGUGCUCAAAGAGUCUCUCACUGCCAAGGAGCAACGUGCUGCCAUCCUGCAAACGGAGGUUGACGCUUUACGUCUACGUCUGGAGGAGAAAGAGUCCUUCUUGAACAAGAAAACCAAGCAGCUGCAGGACCUGACGGAGGAGAAGGGUACUCUCGCCGGAGAAAUCAGGGACAUGAAGGACAUGCUUGAGGUCAAAGAAAGGAAGAUUAAUGUCCUGCAGAAAAAGAUUGAGAACCUGCAGGAGCAGCUGCGGGACAAAGACAAGCAGCUGGGGAACCUCAAGGACAGGGUCAAGUCUCUGCAGACCGACUCCAGUAACACAGACACUGCCCUGGCCACCCUGGAGGAGGCGCUGUCAGAGAAGGAGAGGAUUAUUGAGCGUUUGAAGGACCAAAGGGAGAGAGAAGACAGAGAACGACUGGAAGAAGUGGAAUCAUAUAAGAAAGAGAACAAGGAAUUGAAGGAGAAGGUGAACAGCCUGCAGAUAGAACUAACAGAAAAGGAGUCCAGUCUCAUCGAUCUGAAAGAACACGCAUCAUCCCUGGCAUCCUCUGGCCUCAAGAAGGAUUCAAAGCUCAAGUCACUGGAGAUUGCAAUCGAGCAGAAAAAAGAGGAAUGUAGUAAGUUGGAGACACAGUUACAGAAGAAAGCCCAUGAAGUGGAGCAGCAGUCGGGCUCCAGAGGGAACCCAGAGUAUGUGGACCGGGUGAAGCUGCUGGAAAAGGAGGUGAGCUACUACAAGGAUGAAGCCAAUAAGGCCCAGGCAGAGGUGGAGAGACUCCUGGACAUCCUGCGAGAGGUGGAAACCGAAAAGAAUGAUAAGGACAAGAAAAUUGCUGAGUUGGAAAGACAAGGGGGUAAAGAUCAAGUUAAAAAGGGUUCGAAUAUCAAAUUGGGGCCGCAAGGUGACAAGAAAGGCUUGGGACAGGACCCUCGUAAGGACAGCUCCAUAGAUGGUGGUCACCACUUGAAGGUGAUGUACCCUAAUAAAAAAAAAUAUUUACCCCUGAUGAUACACAGUUUAGUAAUUACCUAAUGAGAUAUGUGUCCUUGUUUUCCCAAACGUCAGUUGGAGGAGCUAAUGAACACGUUAGAAAGGACGAGGCAAGAGCUGGAUGCCACCAAGCAGCGUCUCUCCUCCACACAGCAGUCUUUACAGGAGAGGGACACUCACCUCACCAACAUGAGACAAGAACGCAGGAAACAGCUGGAGGAGAUCCUUGAAAUGAAACAACAAGCUCUGCUGGCAGCAAUUAGUGAGAAAGAUGCUAAUAUUGCACUGCUGGAACUGUCUGCCUCGAAUAAAAAGAAGACCCAGGAGGAGGUGCUAGCCCUCAAGAGGGAGCGGGACAAACUGAUGCACCAGCUCAAACAACAUACACAAAGCAGAAUGAAGCUGAUAGCCGACAACUAUGAAGACGAGCAAUAUCAUCCACAUGCUCCUCACCACCCCCAGCCUCAGCCCCCACAUGCUCCACCUCAGCCCCAGCCCCAGUAUCCCCACGCUCCCCACCCUCAGCAGACUCCAUAUCCACACGCCCCACACCCGCAACAUCCGCAACACCCGCAGCACCUCCAACACCCACAGCACCCACAGGCAUCCCAGCAACACCCACACCCACAGCAGCCACAAAUGCAGUACCCUCACCCUCCUCACCAGCAACAUCCUCAGCACCCCCAACCACCUCCCCAGCACCAACAGCACCCACGCCCUCCACAGCCCCAGCACCCUCACCAACAGCACCCCCAGCAUCCUCAACAGCACCCACACGGGCAUCUGCCUCCGCAGCACCCUCACCCUCAGCACCCACACGGACCUCCACAACAGGGGCCACAUCCCCAACAUCCACACCCUCAGCACCCCCAACACCCCCAGCACCCUCAGCACCCCCAACACCCUCACCAUGCCCAACAUCCACGUCACCCGUCGCCCCACCAUCGCGGGGGACCAGCCCGAGGACCCCCGCAUGCUGGCCAUCGCCCUUCCCCGGACCAGGAUGACGAGGAGGGCAUUUGGGCAUAAUCCUUGCUGUGACAACCAAAGCUCUAAUGUUGUUUUGAGGGAUGAUUCAGUCACUACUGGAGGAGCACAGCCAUGCCAUGAUGUUGUAACACUACCCAACUAAACAUUUAUUACCUCCACUCAAUCAGUACCCAGCAACGGGACCUUUUUUUCCCAGGAAGAGGAGGGGGAACUCAGGUGUGCAGGUCAUGCAUAGAGACUGACAGCUGAGCAGGUGAUGUGGGAACUCUUCUUGGUGUGAACAGGACAAGACGCACUCCACUUCACACAACAUUAGAUAUUCACAACUGAAGUGGAUGGAGAGGGAACGAUAUGGAGAAAGAGAUGUUCUGUGUGUGUCUAAUUGUUGCUUGGACAUGUGAUUAACACGGGAGCACUGUAUCAGAGGUUACACCGAGGUCAACUCACCUGUCUGUCACAAGUUCAGGCCAACGGCGCUCUCUUGAUCCACCCAGCAGAGAUCUCAUGACUGUCUGUCAGCCCAGUAUUUCUUCCUUCCUCCUUCUUCCUUUGACUGGUUCAAGAUCAUGGUUGUCUUGCUGACUGUUUCACCUGCCUGACUGACUCCUCUGGCUCUGGUUGGCUCCUCCGCCUGACUCUUGUCAUGGUUUUUCAAUCCUCACUGCCCUUCUGACUCACCUGGUGACAUCUGACCCCUCUGCCUGGCUGUCAUGACCUUCGGCGUGUUGUAAUCAUCAGAUUGUGUUGCUGAGCUAUAUUUUCCCUCCAUGGCACGCAGUGACUUCUUCUUUUCUUUUCCUUUUUUUAACCUUUUUACCUGCCAUGCGUUUCUUCAGCAUUUCUAAAUGUGACGUGGUGUCCCUUUACUAGCAUGUUCCACACAAUCCAGAUUAAGUGGUUUUAGGGUUUCUUUUGUCAUUUCUUGUUGGUAAAACGAAGAGCUUUGAUCUGACUGAUGACAGGCUUGAGCCUUGCCUGCAGCAUCAAGAGGUUUCUGUGGCUGCGCAAGCAGGGCCUUCCAGUUCUCUGGCUAGUUUUAGCCUUAAGGCUGUGGCUGCAAUGGAUUUUAUCUUCAUCUUACCUCAUUUUAAUCAAAAGUAGUCAAAAAAAAAAAGAAAUAAACUAUGCAGUAGAAACAUAGAGUGAAUGCAUUCCCAUCCUUACUUAAAUCAAGUCAAAAUGAUUUAAUUGUCCAAUCACAGCAGCCAAGGGAGUGGUCAGAAUAUAUUGAUCAGAUUAUUUAGAUUAUUUCUGAGACUAUGCACCUAUGCACCUCCUCUGUGUUGCAGGAAUUUUUACUAAUGGUGCUUCUGCUGGUGCUCAAACUAAACGGUGUGAGAAGACCUGGUAAAGAGCAUCUUUUAGUCCUUUUACAGUAAAGGGACUUGAUCCCACAAUGGGCUUCAUAAACAACUGUAAAGGAGUUCUUUGUACAUAUGAUUUGACAAAAGGGGUUUGUGAUCCACACACAGAGGCUAGGUCCCUCAGCAAAUACUGCUACUAUAAGCAUCAUUCUAGACUAUAAAGAGAAGGCAGUGUCCAAUAGAUGUUUAUCCUGCAGGUCUAUUGGAGCCACUGACACACCAGUGUCUGACCCAGAGUAUGCUCCUGCUCCCCUCUCCCUUGUACUCUUCCAGCAGUAGUCUGUGUGACCUCCCCAAACAUAGUGACUUGUUUUCUCCUUCUCAACAAGGUGGCCUGUGCCUCGUAAAAACUGUACACAUAUGAUAGAUAUGCAUAUAUUAUACAUAUAGAGAGAAAUCUAUAGAGUGUGUCUAUAUGUGGUCAGAAAAUCAUUUCAAACUGACAAGAUACUAUAUAAAUAUAUAUAAUAUAUAUAUAUAUAUAUAUAAAUAUGUUUCUUUUUUCUUCAUGGUUAUUUUUCUAACUGGCUGGAGGUCUGAGAAAUGUCUUAUUUAGAGCGUUGAGCGGUGUGAUUUUCCUCUGAUUUGUACUAUGUAUGAAAACCCCCCUCAGCAGCAAAGUUAACAUUCCCUGUCUGAAAAUACAGGACAGCCCAAAUAGAAAAAAUUAGCUUUAGAACAGUUUAUGGGAAACAAAGAAGUGUAUCCAAAUCUAUCUAGAAGUUUAGAAAAGGUGACAUUAUUACAUUCCUUUCUUAAUGUGAAAAACAACUCAGUUGAAGACCACUUUGCCUGUGGUGACGACUUUGAACAGCGACUUUAUUUAUUUUUUUAAUUUUGCAGCUCGCACAGGUAGCAUUGAGAUUAUGUCUGCUGAACUCAGCAGUCAGAAGCUUGCACUUGUGAGAGGACUAUCACAGUUAUCAUCCAACCAGAGGUUUGAGUGACUCUGUCUGGAUGCAUUUCCUUCGUGUGUUUGUCGUCGUUGUCGUCUUGUAAACCGAAGUGAUGAUGUAUGUGACUGUGACAGCGAACCAAGUAGAAAAAAAAACGCGCACACAAAUUGUUACAGUAUAGUGGAAAAAUGAAGUAGACUGUUACAAUUCCCAGUUCCUUUCUCUUACCCUCAUGGUGCCUGUGUGUCUCCCUUUUAUGGCCAAGUGUUGGUUGUUGUAUAUAAAUGUCUUUCCAUUCACCCAUCACUCCAAGGUGAUCUGUGCAUCAUCUUUUAUGUGUCUGCUUCCCACCGUUACGGCUCCGAUCCGCUGACCAAGAACCAACAGACCGUGUGAAACUUUGCUGUUUGUGUUUACAAAUGUUAAGAUAAAUCCUGACUUGGAUGUUAAAAAACAAAACAAAAGGGAAGACAAUGCAAACAGACAGAGGAGCAACAAUCCUCUCACUACACCAUCAGGGGAUGAAGUAUGAAUCCUCUAUUUUCAGGUCCUUAUCUACUGAAUACUUGAAGUAGGGAGUUCUCCUACCAUGAAAUAGUAAUAUAUGAUUUACAUGGUAGACGACAUUUCAAUUGUGCCCAUGCAUGUUGAUUUUUACAUAAUGUGCCAACUGAAAGUGAUGAUGUAAGGAUAAUCUCCUGUUCUCUAUGCAGAGCGAUUUCUCUACUGUUGUGUCAAAAAAAAAAAGGUUUCGGAGACACCAAGGCUUAGAGGCUGGGACUGGUUUCCUGAGCUUAGACGCAAGAGUAAUCUGACAUUGCGCUUCAGUGUGUGGCAGAUUUGAGAAGGCAAGGCUUCAUCGGUGCCUAGAAACAGCUGUGUAGAAAGACUUGAAAAGUCACCGGUAAUUUUCAAAAGCCUUCAGAAAAAAGAAAAAAAAGCCUACCAUACAUUUUCACUGUAUUGUUGUAAACAGGUUGUUUUUGUUUUACUGCAUAUCACUGAAAACUUUGGAUUAAACAAAUCACUGUGACCAAUGCCAGAAACGCUUUUGUUUGACGGAACAAAUAUUAUGUUUACUUUUUUAUUAUUCAUUUUUUUGUAUUUAAGUUAGCUUUAUUUUUUCUAUUGUUUCAGUGCACUGAACAUGCCAGUUUGAGACUGUACUAUUUGUAUAGGUAAAUGUUUUGAGGUGUACAGUAAAAACCUAGGAGCAAACUAAAUGUGUGUCCAGCAUGCUGAAUGAUUAUUCGUGUGAACGUGAGCUAAUCUCCCAUAAAGCAUCAUUCCUCAUACAUUAAUUGCAUCUGCAUCGUGCAUUGUGACGGUGUGAUGUUGUGUUUGAGAGUGAUGUGUGUCUCACUUACUGUGUCCCCUUAGUAGACAGCCUGUGCAGUUCUGUGAGAGUGCAGCAUGUUCUUGGAGUUGCUGGUGUAAAUGCAUUCAGAAAAGAGGGAUGUGUGUGUGCAUAACUGCAAUUUAUUUGUUUAUGAGUGCGUGUAUGUUGUUGUGUGAAUGCACAAGAGAAAACUAUUUAAAAAAAACUAAACAAAAACAACAACAACUUUAUAAAGAGAAAGUCCCUAAAUGAAAAAAAAAGGGAGAUUGAGUAAGUUUGGGAAAAAAAAGCAUGGAUACUCUGUAAUGUUUUGUUUUAUAAAAACUAUAGGAGGCUGUCCUCAGUGCCCCAGUUUGCUAUUGUAUGUGCUGUAUCAGAAUAUUACUAUUGAGUGUUGGCCAGCUUGUUUAUAUCCAUCAAAUAAAGGUGACUUUCUUUCUGUC